GUUGACCAGGCAGAGGGGUAUUUAUGUUUAUGAUUUACGAGACACUAUGGUCCCGGUUGAUGUCGGAUUCAGAACACCAGCAACAUGUCUUUGAUCGGUGUUUAGCUCUAGCUACUGUCCCGCUGCAGCGGAACCGCCAGCUGUCGUAGGCUAUGAGUGUGGGUGAUGGAGGACAGCCAAUGUGGGGACUUGGACUACCUGAUCAAAGAUGAGGACACACUCAUUGAAGGUAUCAGCAACCAGGUCCUGUUUGUUGUGGUCCUUAGUGUGGCAUUCCUGGUCGGCCUCCUCACGCUGCUCUGUAGACAGGAGCAGCUGAACAUCCACCCUGAGAAUCAGGAGCAUGUCCGAGCCGUGCGGCAGCAGCUACAAACGGAGCAGGAUGAAAAUCAUCAGCCAGAAGCCAGGCAGCAGUAUUACACAGACAUGUCUUGUCCUGUGUGUUUACAGCAGGCUGUUCUGCCUGUGGAAACCAACUGUGGACACCUUUUCUGUGGCUCCUGCAUUAUAGCCUACUGGAGAUAUGGUACCUGGUUGGGUGCUAUUAACUGCCCCAUCUGCAGACAAAUGGUGACAUUGCUCUUCCCACUGUUUCAUGAGCACGCCGGUCCUCAGCAGGUCCAGGAUGGCCAGGCAGAACCUCAGCUCAUUUUAAGAGACAUUAAUGAUUACAACCGCAGGUUCUCAGGCCAGCCAAGAUCUUACAUGGACAGGCUGCGAGACGUGCCCACCCUGCUGCGUCAUGCCUUCAGGGAGAUGUUUUCUGUGGGUGGACUCUUCUGGAUGUUCAGAAUUCGAAUACUUCUUUGCUUAAUUGGGGCAAUCACCUAUCUGGCCUCCCCCCUGGAUAUCCUCCCAGAGGCGCUGUUUGGACUCCUGGGAUUCAUGGACGAUUUCUUUGUAAUCCUACUUCUUUUUGUGUACAUAUCUAUUAUGUACAGAGAGGUGGUUACACAGAGACUGAAUGGCUAGAAGACAUUCACUUGCUUAUAUAGCAGGGUCACAAUGAAAGAUGAGCUGGGCCUCAAAUGGCUGAAUAAUUAUCCAACAGACUGGUUUAGGUUAAGUCCAACACUGGAGAGGGAUUUGAGAUUGAGCUCUGACUCUUGACUCUGUAAAUAGUUUUGUUUCAGGUUCAAAGAUUGAAUCUUUCAUGGUUGAGGAAACAGCAUAAGGAAGGAUACAUAGGAAUGUGAAAAUCUACUUUAAAUCACACUCUGCUACAACAGUAUUGCCAAUGUAAAUCAUCAUAAUGGUGACAGUAUUGUAAAAUGAUGUGAAAUUGAAUGUUUGGUCUUAAUUAUAUGCAUUUGAUGUUAAAGGUC